AUGGAAUCAAAUGUUACACAGAUGAGUUCAGGUCAGUCUGUAUAUGAGCUUACAGACGGGGGCUCUUUAGUCGAACUCUACAUCGAGGGAGCCGUUUUGUUUAUAAUAUGUCUUUUGGCUAUUGGCGGAAAUACCUGUAUUUGGAUAAUUAUUUGUCGGACCAAGGAACUCCGAACCAUGACAAAUUAUUUCAUACUUGGCCUGACAACAGCAGAUUGGCUGGUCUCUGUGUGUAACAUGCCUGUUACGGUCUUCACUCUGUUCGCAGGGGGAGUUUGGCUAUUAUCAGCGGAUGCUUGCAGGGUAUUUGGCUUUGUGAAUAUGUUAACUCUCGUGACAAGUGUUUUGUCCCUGUGCAACAUAAGUAUAAAUAGAUAUAUUAUGGUAUGUAAGCCGAUCUACUUCAGGAAAAUCUACACGAGACGAAACACUGCACUGAUGAUAACAGGUUGUGUGACGCUGUCGGUUGUGAUAUCGCUCCCUCCACUAUUCGGAUGGUCAGAGUACGACUUCAUAAAAGUACAAUCUUUCUGCUUCUGUGAUUGGACAGUGGAACCAUCGUACGCUUUCUUCAUGAUCAGCUGUUGUUUCGGAGUUCCGUUUGGUGUUAUGACCGUUUGCAAUAUCUUGAUAUUUAGGACCGUAAGAGCUAGUAAGAGAAAACUGGCUCCACAGGUCCCCAAGUCAUCCAACGGACCCAUCAGUUGUCAGACUAUACCGGAAAAAUCCGACGAGGAUAAUACGGAGUCACCAAAACAUUCCAAGGAGAAGUAUUUAACUGUUCCGAAUGACGUCGCUGCGGCACCAAUUCCAGAAGACGAGGACACUUCAACAAUCACGUCACACGAAAAGGAGCAACUAACGAAGAGGAAAACAAAAGACAACGUAGCUGUUGGUUCUAUUUCAGGAAACACCACUUCGGGGAAUACCCUCGAGAAAACGUCUACGUCAGACCUAAUCACGGUUUACUUACCAGAGGACGAAUCGAAAUCAAACUAUGAAAACACGACUACUAGUAAUACUAAAUAUGAUGUGUGUGUGACGAAAGCGAGCGGAAAAUCUGUCAAAAAACACAGAAUUUUUCGAAUUCAUAGAAAAAGCAAACACGGGAAAGCUCGUGCUGAGGAGAUUCGACUUGCAAUAGCUUUAGCCGUUGUGGUGGUCACUUUUUUCUGUUGUUGGUUUCCUUACUGUAUAAGUAUGAUACUAUCAAUGUUCGUCCCGACAGGGGUCCCUAGGGGAGUACAUAUGACAACCCUUCUGAUCGGAUAUUUAAACAGUGCUUGUAAUCCAGUCAUUUACGGUGUCAUGAACAGAAAGUUCGGAGACGGUUUCAGAAGAAUAUUUUGUUGCUUUAGAAAAUGA